AUGAUUAAAACACAAGUAAAUCCUAGAUUUGUAUAAAAUUCUCUUCUAAAUAAGAAACUCUAAUUAAUAAUUAAAUAAAAUUACAGCUUUUCAUCGGUGAUCACUAAUCAUUAGCAUUUCCUUAAUAAUCGCAAAUUUAUUAUUUUUGUGGAUACUUCAGUUAUUGCAAAUAAGUUAAGAUCUUAUCCUACUAUAUCAUCCAAAAGAGGAAUUAACAAGUUAACUACUUUAUUAAUUAAGUAAGAUGUGAAGCUGCUUAUUUUUUAUUUUAGCUCUGACUUUCCAUUACAAGCUUUUGAUGAAAAAUAUAAAAACAAUAUAGUUUUAUAAUGCAGUAGUUUGGGAAACUUUAAACACUAAAACUUCCAACAUUUUCUUUGCAUAUAACAUUCAAUAUAGACGACUCAAAGUGGUAGUGUUAAAGAGUAACUAAAACUAAUAAAUUUUAAUUUAUCCUUUAAUUCUGUUAUUAAUUAAUAAUAGUGA